CCUUUGAUUUUCAGUUUUCCUUCAUGGAGGUUUGCUGUGGUUAUGUGAUUUUUGUUUAUUUUCUAGUUGUUCUUUUUAGGUUUAUGUUGUUUCCUGAUUUGUUUUGCUUUAUUUCUUUUCUUUCAAAAUGCCGUUUAAGUUCUUGGUGCUGUUUGUGUUGACUUUAUGCUGUAAUUGGCCAUGGGUGUUCCUUUUAGCUAGGGAAGUUUGUGUCUUUGAUUCUCAGUUCUAUAUAAUAGGUUCCCUUUGUGUCUAGCGUAUAGCUUUAAUUUCAUUCUGUUCUUUGUUGGGUUUGAAUUAUUUUCAACACCUGCAUCUCUUGAUUUUUUUUCCCAUGCAUCUCUUGAUCUGUCUUGCAUUUUUGUGACCAUUUUUAUUUAGUUAUUUGAUUGUUUUGUUGAGAACAGUAGUUUAUUGCCUUCUACUUGUUGGGUGUUUUAUUGCACCUGAUCUGCCUCCCUGAAAUUCUGAAGGGCCUUAACAGUGUAUUCUCUCCCUGACCUCAAAAUGCUCUUGUAGCUCUUAAGAAAGGGAACACUUCAAGAUUUCUUUUUGUGGGGUCUGGGACAUAAUUUGCUCGGUCAUCAAUAUUCUCAUCUUUGAGUCAUUGGUGAUUCCAGCAAUUAGGAUCGAGAAACAACAAUUUUGUCACACAGAAUGAAGUAACAUAAGCACUGGAGUUCCCAGCUCCCUUUUCCCUAGAUUCAUUUUUUCUCUCUAAGUUUAUACACUCGUCAAAACUAGAUUACCUAUUUAGGAGAUGCUAUAGGGCAUUCUUUUUUAAUUGAGAUUUAUAACAUUUAAAUCCUUUCCCUCUCUUACUGUGACAUUAUUUCAUGCUGCUCUAAUUUAUUUGUGAGUUGGCUUACUUGAUGAGUUUGCUCACUUAUGUGCAAAAGAAGCACAACUUGGAAAGGAUCCAUUAACAAUAAAGAAGUAAAUCUAAUAUAAGUAAAACAAAUGCAUUUGCAGAACAUAGUUGUGGCUUCAAUUGGUUAUGAAAUGAGGGAGAGUUGACUGAAAUUGAAAUAGAUGGUAGUGCGCAACCAAGCUCUACUGAUAUGGUAAGAAAGAGGGCAAAUAAUGCAAUUUUGAUAAUAUUGCUAGUAGAAUGGGAGGGGAAAAUAUUGUGUUUAAAGUAGUAGUAGGGAUAAUGGGGCCAACUAGGUCAUUCUUGUGGACCAUAAGGGCGGGUUAGAUUUUUUAUCUGGAUAUGUUAAUCUUUUGAUAGAUGAUUAUUUAUAUAAAAACUUCCAAAAAAGUUGUGCUAAAGAUGCUUGGUAUCUUGCACUUAAGAGAUAGAAAUGGUCAAAAGAAGUAAAGCUUCAGCAAUUCACUACUGCCGUACAUGGAAGCACUGUGUGCCACCCACAGUUUGUAAUGACUUGGCAAUUUGAAUUCUAUGCAUUUUGUCCUUAGCUUGAGGCAGUCAUAAGGUCUGGUUGAUAUGGCGUCCAACAAAUCACUACCUGGCAUUAUAGUGAAAAUUGCUUUGCAAUAUGACAGAAAUAAGACAUGUACAUCUGGUCAGAUUUAACUGUUUUAGGAUCCUAAUAAAAUGACCCCACCAGACAAGAUAAAGAUUGUUUCCCUACCAAUGUACAAUUUUAAAGUGGAAAGAUGCUAUCCAAUCCAAUCAAUCACAUGCAUACAGUCCCAUUUCGCCUCUUGAUUUCAAAUUAGUACACCUCAUACUACCUUGCAAAAUCCAAAUUUUAGCCUUCAGGGAGUUACCUAGUUCAUUUUUCUAAGGAGGAAAAAAAUGUCAGCAGUAGCAUGUCUCAGGUGGUAAACGAGUGGAUAUGAGUGAAGCAUGACUUAGAUUUAAAUUUGGCAUUGUAAAAGAUGUUAUUUCUUGAUCUUUUUAUGAAAACUUCUAGUUACUGUCCACACAGGUUACUCAGGGAAUAAUCUACACUACGGGGAGUUUAUUCAUAAGGACUAACUUGGUAGAUUAUUAUCUUGUGUCUGAUGUUAGUAGGAGAAGUUUUCUGAUCAGGCAGACCUGCCUUUUUCAAUGUGAUUCGUGUGCCAGUGUUCAAGCUACAAUCCAGGUUCUAUCAACUAAUUAGAGGAAAACUGUAUGCUUUGGUCAGAACUAGGUAGACUUACUUCUGCUUUCCCCCUUAAAACAUGAAAAGUGGACCAAAACAUGGGUGGCAUUCUGUUAUGCCUCUUCGUUUCAGGGGCAAAUCAGCCACUAGCUUUUGCAUUUUCCCAAAAGUUAAGUCACAAGGCUAUAACCCAGGCAACUCACCUGUCUAUCUGAAUGUGUACGAUUUAACAACCAUUAAUGGUUAUGUCUACUGGGCAGGCUUUGGAAUCUUUCAUUCUGGGGUGGAAGUUCAUGGAGUAGAAUAUGCCUUUGGAGCCCAUGACUAUCCAUCAACUGGUGUCUUUGAGGUUGAACCUCGACAGUGUCCUGGUUUCAAGUUUAGGAAAUCAAUAUUCAUGGGGACUACAUGCUUAGAUCCAUUCCAGAUUAGAGAGUUCAUGGAACGACAAUCUGCAAAUUAUAAUGGUGAUACCUAUCAUUUGAUUGUUAAGAAUUGCAACCAUUUCUCUGAGGAUAUAUGCUACAAGCUGACUGGGAACUCAGUACCAAAGUGGGUAAAUCGACUUGCAAGAAUAGGUUAUCUAUGCAAUUGCAUACUUCCAGAGACCCUUAAGGCUACCACUGUAGGACAUGAUCCUAAUUUCCAAGAAUCUGAUAAUGAAAAGAAGAGACUAAGAAGUGGCUUCAGCUGCUGGUCAUCAAUCUCAAUGCCUCAGAGGGAAGUAUCUUUGUCUUCAUUGUUUCUACACUCUCACUAUAAAGGAUGCCUGCCACCAUGGGAGUUAAAGAGAUCUAUAAAACGCUCAUUGAAGGAAGGGUAAUAAGGCAUCAUUAAUGUGUCCUUUCACUUAAUUGGAAGAUUUUCAGUUGCCUGUCUUGCAAUUUUCAGCAGUUGGGAAACAUCAACAAUUUUCUAUCAUCUGCAAUCCUAUUGGAAAGUAAAAAUUUGUACAAGUUUCUUCUUCUGCAAUGUCAAGCACCAGGGGUUUCACACUUCUCAUUGUGCUUCCGCUAAGCUGCAUCGUUGGCAAUUGCUUGCUGUUAUUGUGGAAUUGAAUUCUGAUGUGCAUUCAUAUUUUCCGUAGCUGGAGGAGAACCAAUAUAGAUUAUUCUAUUUUUCUAUUCGAAGUGGCCUAAGCUUUUAACAUUGCUGUGCUCUGACUACAUUUUGUAGAAAUGCCAUUUCUUUGGCUCAAAAAAGUACCUUCUUUCUUGCCUUGAUUUGCAUUUA